GGGAAUGCAAAGGCCUGGAGGCUUCUCUCCGUGUUUGAGAAUAGCAUAUUCGCUGUGGUCAGGAUGGAAGUGGACAUUUCCUGCGUGCUGCAUAGGGCUCAGUUGUACUCGCUAAAUGAUUAUAAGCCACCCAUUUCUAAAGCUAAAAUGACACAGAUCACCAAGGCAGCAAUCAAGGCUAUAAAGUUCUACAAGCACGUUGUACAGAGUGUUGAGAAAUUCAUUCAAAAGUGCAAACCAGAAUACAAGGUACCUGGUCUGUAUGUGAUUGACUCCAUUGUAAGACAGUCCCGGCAUCAGUUUGGGCAAGAAAAGGAUGUAUUUGCUCCAAGAUUCAGCAAUAACAUCAUCAGCACUUUCCAGAACUUGUACCGCUGUCCUGGGGAUGACAAGAGUAAAAUUGUUAGAGUGCUAAACUUAUGGCAGAAGAAUAAUGUGUUCAAGAGUGAAAUUAUUCAGCCUCUCUUGGAUAUGGCAGGGGGAAUUCCUCCUCCAGUUGUGACCCCUGUCUUGCCCAGCACUACAGCUGCUAUGAGCAACAAUACACCAGGAACACCUGUGACUCCAGUUACGCCAGCCAAUGUGGUGCAGAGUUUACCUGAUCCUUGGGUAUCUCAGAUUGCUAAUACAGAUACACUUGCUGCUGUUGCACAGAUUUUACAGAGCCCUCAAGGCCAACAGCUUCAGCAGUUGAUACAGACACUGCAGAUACAGCAGCAGAAACCUCAGCCUUCACUACUUCAAGCCCUAGAUGCUGGUCUUGUCGUUCAGUUACAGGCCCUCACAGCACAACUUACAGCUGCAGCUGCUGCUGCUAACACACUUAAUCCACUGGAACAGAGUGUCUCUUUUAAUAAGAAGCUGAUGGACAGGUUUGACUUUGGGGAAGAAUCUGAACAAAAUGAAGAGCCUAAAAAGGAAACUCCCACUUCCCAACUUCCUUUAGUACCAGAAUCUGUGAACAACUCACUUUUUCACCAACUAGCUGAACAGCUACAGCAACAAAACUUAGAACAUCUCAGACAACAGCUUCUGGAGCAACAGCAGCCUCAAAAAGCAAGCCCUGAGGAGAAUCAAGAAGGAAAUUUUGGUUCUGAGCACUCUGCCUCACCAUCACAAGGGAGUAGUCAGCAGCAGUUUUUAGAAGUGGAAACAAAUGUAGAUGAUUCAAUGGAUAUUCAACAACAGGACAUGGAUAUAGAUGAAGGCCAGGAUGUUGCUGAAGAAGAGAUUUUUGAACAAGAAGAAAAGAAACCAGCUGUUCGUUCAAGAUCAAGAACUCGUUCAAGAUCUCGUUCAAGGUCACCAAGAAAACGAAGGUCUAGAUCACGGUCUGGUUCUCGUAAGCGUAAACACAGAAAACGUUCACGCUCAAGAUCAAGGGAAAGGAAGAGAAAGUCAUCUCGGUCAUAUUCCAGUGAAAGAAGGGCUAGGGAAAGGGAAAAAGAACGUCAGAAAAAGGGAUUGCCUCCUAUACGGUCAAAAACACUAAGUGUUUGCAGUACUACUCUUUGGGUAGGUCAAGUAGACAAGAAGGCUACACAGCAAGAUUUAACUAACUUGUUUGAAGAAUUUGGACAAAUAGAGUCUAUUAAUAUGAUUCCCCCAAGAGGUUGUGCUUAUGUCUGUAUGGUUCACAGACAAGAUGCGUAUCGUGCUCUUCAGAAACUUAGUUCUGGGUCCUAUAAAAUUGGGUCUAAAAUUAUUAAGAUUGCCUGGGCUUUGAAUAAAGGCGUGAAAACAGAAUACAAGCAGUUCUGGGAUGUGGAUCUGGGAGUUUCAUAUAUUCCUUGGGAGAAAGUAAAAUUGGAUGAUUUGGAGGGCUUUGCUGAAGGUGGCAUGAUUGACCAGGAGACAGUAAAUACAGAAUGGGAAACAGCCAGAAGCUCAGAAGCUGCUAAAGAAAAUACUCAAACUACACAGAGCGCUGCAGUUGAUAAGAGUACAGUUAUUACAACGCAGACAGAAGCUUACACACAACCAGUCACUAUGCUGCAGAUUCCAGUAGCUCCAGCUGUGCCUGCUGUUAGCUUGGUUCCACCUGCGUUUCCUGUCACAAUGUCUGUCCCUCCUCCUGGUUAUAGCGCAAUUCCUCCUCCACCCUUCUUGCGAGCAAGUUUCAACCCUUCACAGCCACCUCCAGGUUAUAUGCCUCCCCCAGUUCCACCUGUGGUCCCGCCACCUGUGGUCCCACCACCUGUUGUCCCACCAGUUGUCCCAACACCUUUAGUACAGCCUCCAUUACCAAUUGCACAAGAGACAAUGAAGGAUGUUCCUUUUACUAGCCUUGUUCUACCAGUUGGCACAGUCACAAGCAAUCUAGCUACUCCAACAUUAUCUGCUGGAAGCGUUUUUAAUCCUCUGCCAAUCAACAAACCAGAAUCAGAUGAAAAGACAUCACAUCUUACAGACCUUCAGAUUUCUUCCAGUGAAAACAAUAGAUCUGUGCAAAGUGAUGUCUCGAGUAGCUCUGGACUUGUUGGAGGAGUGCAGCCACCCAGCGUCUCAAGCAGUUCUGGGCUUACUGGAGAAGGGCAACCACCCAGUGUCUCAAGUAGCUCUGGACUUGCAGGGGGAGUACAGCCACCCAGUGUUUCAAGCAGCUCUGGACUUGUAGGAGGAGUGCAACCACCAACUGUUUCAAGUAGUUCUGGUCUGGCAGGAGGAGUGCAGCUACCUAGUGUCUCCAGUAGCUCUUCUCUUGCUGGCGGAGUUCAGCCAACCAGUGUCUCAAGUAGCUCUGGACUUAUGGCUGGAGUGCAACCACCCAGUGUCUCAAGUAGCUCAGGGCUUCUAGCUGGAGUGCAUCCACCCAGUGUCUCAAGCAGCCCUGGCCUUCUGACAGGAAUGCAGCCACCCAGUGUCUCAAGCAGCUCAGGAGUUCUGGCAGGAGUACAGCCACCAAGUGUCUCAAGCAACUCUGGGCUUCUCAUAAUGCCGCCACCCAAUGUUUCAAGUAGUUCUGGACUUAUGGGAGUGCCGCCACCAAAUAUUUCAAGCAGUUCUGGACUUCUGGCAAUGCAGCAUCCAGCUGGGGUUCAAAAUAUGCCUCAUUUAAAUAUUAUUGCUCAAAAAAAAGGAAUGCCUCUCAUUGAUAUCCGUCCAGGCCUAAUGCCCCAUUCGCCUGGACCAAGGUUUCCAUUAAUGCAGCCAGGAAUACCACCGCAGCGCAGUAUUCCUCCUCCAGCAAUCCUUGAUCCAUCCCUUCACCCACCACCUCGAGGUCCUUUUCCUCCAGGAGAUAUUUUUAAUCAAACAGAAAGACCUUUUGGAACACCAGGAAGACAAAAUAUCGAUAGCAUUUCUAAUCAAAAGAAAGAGAAUCUUAACAGACCAUCUCCAGUGGAUGUUAGAGAUUCUGUUGGACGACCACCAGUUGAUCCAAGAGAGGGUAUAGGAAGGCCUCCAGUAGAUGGAAGAGAACAUUUUGGAAGACCACAUGUAGACAUGAGAGAAAAUUUUGGAAGACCAGGUAUAGAUAACCUUGGUCGAAGAGAGCAUUUUGGUUUCAAUUCAGACAAGCACUGGGGACAGAGAGGAGAUUAUGAUGAAAGAGAGCACCAUGCCUUCCCUAUUUAUGGUGGCCCUAAAGGCUUCCAUGAAGACAGAGAGAGGUUUCGGCAUGUAAACUAUAGGUUUGAUAGCAGAAGUGGUCCCAAUUGGAAUAGAGGAUUUGAACAAGAUGCUCACAGAGAUUUUGAUGACCGCAGAAGACCCUGGGAAAGACAGAGGGAUAGGGAUGACAGAGAUUUUAAUUUUUGCAGAGAAAUUAAUGGGAACAGGUUUGGAAGAGACAGAAUGUCAAACAACUGGAUCCCCCCUCCACAUCCACGGGUUUUUGAAUAUUUUGAUGGGGCCACUUCCCAACGCAAAGCCGAUAAUAUGCCCCAGGUAAACGGUGAAAAUACAGAGACAGAAAGUCAGCCACCAACUGCACAGGUGCAGGACGAUCCAGAACUUUAUGAAAAACUGACAUCUUCCGUCGAGAUAAACAAAGAGAAGAGUGACACAGAAGCUGAUAUAGAAAGUGAACCAGUGGUAGAAAGCACAGAAACUGAGGGGACAUAAUCAUCACUCAGUAGGUAAAAGAUACCUUUUGUAAAGUUGUCAUCUCUCUGUAAUAGAUAAAUGGCUGACUGGACCGUAGCAGUUCACUUUUGUCUGCCAGAAUUAAGUUAAUCUGAUGUUCAUGUUCAUCUUUCACUUAAAUAACUGUACAACUGACUUGUAUAGAACACUGUUCUUAAUUUGAACAUGGUAGGUAAACUUUUUUUUUAUUUCUCUGGUAAAGCAUAAACUUGCCCCCACUUGCUUUUAAUUUCACAAAGAUAAAAUAACAGCUUGUCAAACAAAGACUUCCUAUGGAAGAAAAUGGAAUUUUUUUAGAUACUACCCUUAGGUUGGCUAUCGAAAUUGUUAUACUUGAAAACAGGUGCUGGUGUAUCUUGUCCGUGUUUUUAGGCUGCUGCAGAAUUUUAAAGUAUAGACAAAGCUGUGAUAUUUUAUGUUCCUACAAUUCGGCAGAAAAAGAAAUGGCCCAUGUUAUUUAAGGAGCAUAACACAGAGAUUAAAAGUGAUUUUGUAAAAUCUACACUAUAGUCUCUGUUUUCUCUAAAGUAAGUGUUUGUGAUUUGUUCCUCGUACUGCAGUGGGUUUAAAAAAAUGAAAAAGUACAUUUUAAUGUUGGGUGCAUUUUGUUUUUAGAUGCCAAUAAAGCAUAUUUGUUUGAUAACAGUGUUCUAGGUAUUGUAUUUUUUUAAAAACCUGCAAGCUCUAAAAACUUGGAAUCAGCUAUGAUAUGUGCUUAGCUAGUUGUUGCAAAAGGUUUAUAUUACUUUUGUAAGACCAAUGCAACAGUUAUGUGCAAGAAGCAUAUGGUUUUUACAUCAAAAAUCAUGCAGUCAUAUUAGUUUGUGUAAAUAACAUGUAUGUAAAUAUUUGUGUAAACUGUUUGUAGAUACCACUUUUUCUGUGCGUGCCUGUGUAUGUGCACGCACUCACAGAAUAUUCUAGACAGUUCAAUAAAAUUGAAAUGAAACUAGGUUGUAAAAAUUUGCCUUUCACCUUCUUUAGGUAGUAAGAUAACAAAACUUAUUUCACUGCAAUACUGUCAAGCUUAUAUUUACCUUCUCAUGCUCAUUGUUAUGAUGUUCUUACUACUUCUGGAAGGUGGAACAUGAUAUACUGUAAGACUAUACAGUAGGAUUUUAGCUUACUUUUUAAAAUGCAGAUAUGCAUGAAGCCAAAACUUAAGCAAAUAUUUGCAUUGUCUUUAUUUUGUAAUAUAUUUGGUAUUCUGGGUAGAUAGUGGUAGCGUUCAAGUACUUUGUGGUUAUUUGUUUUUAGUGACUCAAAGUCCAGAAAUGUUGCAUGAAAAGUAAAAAGCUGUUAUUGGUCUAAAAAACCCUACAUGUUUUUAACGGAUAUAGGGGGGGCUUUGUGUUUUGAUGGCUUAAUAUUGAAGUAGAACCUCUUGUUAAAUUGCUGAGAUGAAUUGGCUGCUUAGGUAAAUUAGUAGUGCUAUUCUCUCCCGUUUAACCUACUUCGCUGCUUGUGUAUCCUUUAAAUUGGUGGUGAAAGAUUUGGCUAUAGGGCGAUGUCAGAUUUUCAAUUUGUUCCACUCAAGUGCAUUUCACCAACUUCUUUCAACAUAACUUCUGUUAAAAUUCUGUGUCUGAAAGCAUCCUUUCACUCAGUUUUGACAAAGUUGUUUUUCUCUUGCAUAAUAGGAUCCAAGGGUAGAUUCAGUUACGUGAAUGCCCCUUUGGUAGAAGAAACAUUUUUAGCUCAGAUUAGAAUUUUGAUCUUUAACGUUAAAGUGUUAACAUGCAAGUUUUAAUUCCCCUUCUGCUUCCCCCAAAGGGAUGAAAGUAUGAGAAUGUCAUGUGAGUGUAAAGCAUAAGCAUGCCUUUGAACGUAGAAGCAAGUUACGCAUGUGUGUGUUGCCCUCUCCCUCUGGGAGGUGGGGUAUUUUUUCAUGCUGUGUCACGGUUCAGUUUUUCAUUUACAGGGACUUUUAUUCUGGAUAGUAAACAAACUGUCAGCUUAAUGAAGGUAGCCCUUUGAGAGAGCGGACUUGAAUGACUGAUUCUUUAUCUACUGUGCAAGUAGUAGUCAUUAGGAUGUAGUGAGGUAUGCAUUAAAUAACCAUUGCUUUGUAAUAGACCUUGCUGAUGUGUUUAUUACCAGAACGUGUCUCAGGAGUUGAGACGAACAAUGUUUAAGGUAAAAAAAGUACCUUCACGGGCAGACUCUGGCUCAAAGAACUUCACUGAUGCUGCUGCACCACCUACUAGUAGUAUUCUGGUCAGGCGGAUAUGGUUGUGUGAAAGUCCAAAUGCACAAAAUAGCUAUAAGGGGAUACUUUAUGAACUUAAAGGAAUUUUCUUUAUUUCAUUUCAAUAUGUGCAGUUUGAAAAGGCUUCAGUCAUAGACCACAGAAAUACUCGGAAUCAAACACAUAUUGGCAGUAGCUUUAUUUUUCAAAUAUUUUGUUAAACGCCUCUUUAAAACUGAAAGUUAAUCUGUUUUUCUUUUUCUAAACUGGGACUGGCAGUAUGCUAAAUUGCUCAUAGUAUGAUGGUUUAGGUAAAUUACCAGGUGAGAGAUGUUAAACAAUUUGGUUGGUAGUGGUAUAAAACAAUGUAUCGUUUAAUGAUUUUUUUAUCUUUGUUAAUAUCUUUCAAGCUUUAAUAAAUGGGCUACUGUACAUAUGUGUUAUACCAUCAAUUUCUAACAACUAUUUUAUUUUUUUGUAGAAUAAAGGUUUGUUGUACAGUCUUCAGCUGCAUCAUGUUUACAGCUAGAACUGUUCAAUUUCUUAUUUAUUAAUGUAGCAUGCAGACAAAUAUUACCAAAAUAGCCAUAUUCAGAAACUCAGAAGGGACUUAGCAUUACCAAAACAAUAUGGUUUCUUUAUGUUGCCAGUAGGAAUUUUUAAAUCUUUCAGAGUUUGAGUGAAGACUUUCCUUUCUCACUGUAGAUUAAGCCAUCAUAAGCCAACACAUGCACUUGAAAGGAGCUGCACUGACAUCCAGACCAGUUCUUUGAUGUGGUUCACAGUAGUGGCAUGUAAUUUUUGCUGAUGCAAAGGAAUGAGUGAGAACGGGACAGGAAGAAGAUGGGGGCCAGGCAUUUGGGCAGUUCUGGCUUAUGCCUGUUUAAAGCUUGUUCUAGGGAUGAAAGGUAUCGAUUCUAGCAACUGAAGAAGCUGAUCUACUGUUUACAUAAGUAACAUACAUUUUGAAAAAUAUUUCAGGUAGUUUUGCAGGCAACACAAUAUAUUUAGGCAUGCACAUUUACUUGAAGACCUUAUGCAUUAGUAAGUUGUUAGAUGUAUUUAUUACCUUUUUAAACAGCCUGUGAUUCUGAUCUUUCACGGUACUGUAUUUGAGCAGAAUGCUACAUCCAUAAAGAUUACAAAGAUGAAGCAUAACCUUCAUUUGCUAUGAGGACAUGAUUUCUUUGCUGAAGGCUUUUUUAUGUGAAAUAUUCGUACACUUUCAUUUUUAUAUGUAGUGCUUCACGCUGUUAUUACAAACUCAAGGAAUAGAUUCUGUUAGAUGCCUUUGCUUCAGUAGAGCACUAUACCAUUCUUCAAGCCAUUUCAGUGAUUUAAAUGGCUUUACUUAUGAAGUUAAGGUAUUCUUACCCUGAAUAAGGCAAGACAGGAAUACUGUAAUCAAGCCUGUAGUGUAGCAUGCAUAGGCAUUACUUAGGCACAGUUGGAAAAUUAUCAAAUAAACUGUCUGUAGAAGGUGUUUAUGAAAUAAGCCAAUCUAUUGCAGAAUUCUCUCAAAAUACUGUGUCAGCAGUUUUGAACAUGCACAAGGAUACGUUAUGCCAGUCAACAUUUAAAGGACUCAUUUUCUUGAUUCAUGUUCCCCUAACUCAAAUCUUUGGAUCAUUUUAUUUGAAACUGGUAAAAAUGGAUACCAAAUUUCAUUCUUUGUACUUUCAGUAAUGUAUUUAAAAAUAACGUAAUAAUAAGGGUGAUUUUUUUUUUUUGGUCUCUUGAUAAUGGGAGCUGAAUUUAAAACCUAUUCAGAGUAUCAGGAGUCAUUGAGACUAACUAGCAAAAUUAUUUGUUAUUGUUAAUUGAGGUAAUGAAAGGGUCUUUCUUUCCCUGUUGACAGCUAUUGCGGAGCCACAUUUUCCUUUCACGUGCUGAGCUUUCACCAAUAAGCAUGUACUGUGAAGCCAUCUACUUGUGUAGAUGAGAGAUUGACUUAAAAGGUAUAAAGGCGGGAUGUUCUUUUUUAAUUUGAAGCUGUUUAUUUAAAAAAAGUGGCAAAAGCAUCUAUCCGCUAUGUUGCUUUACUGUAUUCUUUCACAUCAGCGGGAACUUUGCAGUAGCAAAGAGAAUAUCAUAUUGCAAGACUUUCUUAAUUGUAACUAGUCUUACGUUUCUCCUUGAAGGGUCGACUUAGUGAUGCUAUUCACUCCACUUAGUCUGUACAAGUUCUUUGGGUACUCAAACGUUUAGAAUUUUAUUAAUGUAUGUACAUGAUAUUUCAUAGUCAAGAAAAGUCAAAUAGAGCUACUAAAAAGAAAAUUCAUGACAUCUCUUUAAGAGUAGUAACUUCCAGCAAAGGUGUAUAGGAUCUGAAAAGUUGUUAUUGUCAGUGAGGGGAUGGCUUGAAAGUCUGUUAAUAGGGGUUUUGUUGAAGUUGGCAAACUGUAAAGCUGUACUUGCCAUAAUUCUUGUAUUCCCUGUAUUCCUUUCAAUCUUGCACAAACUGAAUGAAAAGGGUAGUCUCACUGACUAUCCGACUCUUAGUAUCUUUUAGCUGCUCUGCUACCAAAGAUUAGAGGAGGGGAAGGACUGGUUGUCUGUGCACUCUUAAAAAUCAAGAGGUUGUUAAGAUACAUUGUGCAGCUAAAGCUGAAUGUAUUUUCUCUUUUUAAGAAGUUUAAAAUGUACAUUUCAGCACUUGCAUAGUAACAGUGAUAUUAGUGGUGUCACUGGUUUACUAAUUCUGUACUUUGUCAUUUUUAAGUUAACUCGCUAAUGCUAGUUUUAAAUUUUCUCUUCCUGUCAGCGGAAAUCAUACUAAUGGCCUCAGGCAAGGGAUUGUUUUGUGCUUUACAAAAACAGAAAUCUGGUCGGAGAGUUUUUUAACCUGUAGGUAGGUUAGCUGAACAUUUUUUCUUUCCUGAUUUAAUGCUUUAAUGCUGCAAUUUUCCUUGUGAAUGAUUUUCUGUAUGCAUAUCUGUGUUAUAAUGGAUAUGUGUUCACAUCAGCAUGUAUCAAGCUUUCUGUUGACAUGCAGAAAGAUUGUGAGAUUCUUCAAGGUAGCUGACGAUGUGUUUCUAAAACUAGGGUAACCUUCACAGCCAUAUUGAUUUGUAUACUGGAGCAUUAUAAUUGUGUUGGAGCGUUAUAACUGUGUGCGAGCCAGUGCAAAAAAUCCUUAAUAGGUGAAGAGUAUUAAAUGGAUAUAGAAUUGUUAACUCAGAUGUAGAUUGGUAGGAUUCACAUAGGCCAUAGAUGCUGGGACUUUGCAUAUGAAUGUCACUUCCACACUAAAGGAGAGAUCAUACUAUAAUUAUGUCUGGAAAAAUAAGAAAUGUAGCUUUUUCUUGAUAACAGUGGGAAUUAAGUAGAAAUAAUCAUAGUGUUUAAAGUCCUUUCUAAAAAUCCAUCUGCCUUCAUCUAGUCAAGCUCUAUCAUUGUCACUUUAGUUGAUUAAGGGGAAGAAAUUACUUUAGACUUACACUGUUUCUGAGGUAGUCGGAUCUCAUUUAGCAAUGCAGUGAAAUGCAGUUUUAAGUGUGCCUUAAGUUUUUUCCCUCUGAAAAGGAGCAUAUAUUUCAAACUUUACACAAGAAUGUGGACAAAACCAGUAAAUUUUUGUUGUAGAAUUUUAAAUGUAGUUUUGAGUUCAGUGAUUUUCUUCAAGAACGUCAUCAUUUCAGUAGUGUAAAUACGUAAAUAAUAAAUGGACACUCAUUUUUAAAAUGUUUACUGAAAGUUAUGCUACUCUGUCCAGUUAAUUUUUCAUUUAUUUUCACAUGCUUUCAAUACAUUAUUUUGUGAAGUGGUGCCAUCACAGAAUUCCUCUUACCACAAAUUAGAAAUACCUUUGAAUUAUGUAAUUCAGUUGCAUAGUUGAGUUAUUUAAAUGUAGGACAAUCAUAAACCUUCCUCUUGAAAAUCAUGGAUUUCUUGUACAGUAUGGCUACCAAUGGAGGUUAUUCACUAUUGAGAGCCUUAUUGUUCAAGCUAUCUGUGAUUAAAAGUAAAAUACUGAAAACAAACUGAAAUGCUUGUUGAUUGAUUUGGAAUUUUGUUAUUUAUUAAAAGAAAAAUAAUGGCAUCUUCUCAAAUUUCAUGUUGAUUAAAAAACUCACCAUAUUAAAAAUACAAACUUGAUGAGCUGUAGUUCUAUGAAUUGAUAAAAUGAGUGAGGCACCCAUUAUUUUUAUUAGAAUGAAAAACCUUGAAGUGAUUAGGAUAAAUGUUAUUUAUAUAAAAUAUUGAAAUGUAGUCUUCAAGCUUUGUGUGCAUACUGCCUGCAGUUCCUGCGUGUACACUUUAUACAUGCUUUACACCUGCAAUCCUCAUUACAUGAUCAGAACCACUAUGGAAAACAGGAAGGUGGCAUGAAAUUCCAGCAGACACUCAAAAUGCUGUACGGAUUGGAUCUGUAUGUAAUCCAGCAGAUAGACAGACAAUGUUGUUUCAGAGGCAAUAGCUUGUUAGCCUAAUUUGAAAUCAGGUAAAACCUCAGUUACAAAGCAUGAAUAAACCUUUCUUUUUUUUUAAAUUUAAUAGAAGUUAAUGUACACAUUCUGAUUAAAUAUUCACUAAUGAACAAGCAAGCAUCCAAAGUUUUUAAGAAGUCCUGAGCAUUUUUCUUAAUGUUGCUUGUACCUUAACUAAAACCAACCAACCAAAAAAACCUAAAAAAAAAACCCACAAAAGCCAGGAAGGCAUAAAUAUUUGUAAGAUUACCAUGUUCUUGGGGAAAUAACUUGAUACAAGUGUUAAUAUGCCUAUUUGGGUAUUUUUAAGUAGUAGAUACUGCAGAACCCAGGUAAAACCAUGAUAAAGAACUAUCUGACUUGCAAGGAACGUGCUGAACUGAGGCAUUGGUGUAAAAUCCAAGAUUGUUUUGUUCCUUGUUUGUGUUGUCUCCCAGUCCAAAUACUGACCUUGUUCCGGGUUCCACUCUGAACUGAUUAGAGGAUAUUCUGGUUAAUGCAUAUGUAUUUUGUCUAAUAUGUAAUACAUCAUGUGUAUUACAUCACUGUAAUACAGACACAGAGACAGCUAGUGAGAAGUUGGGAGUGAUGUGGUUUGGGGCAAAACCAUCAGAGAAAUCAGAAGAGGAGAUUCCUGAACUGUGUGAACCACCCAUCUGAAACAUUGCGGUGGAGGAAAGUCUCCUUAGUGCAGAGAUAAUUACUGAUUACUUCUGAGUAGGUCAGUAGCUACAAGGGUGCAUUUCACAGUAGUAUCCCGGUUUGGGAAGUGCUAGCUACAGGCUCAUUUGCUUUCUGCUAUCUGUAGAACACAAUAAUUUUCCUGAUGAAAAUUACUAUGUUACCUCUCAUGUUAUUUCUAGAGACUUUAAAGUAAUGCUGCUUCAGUCUUAGUGCUAAACCAGUAUGUGAUAUACGGCCUCACUUCUUUACCAGUGGGACAUUGCUGUUGGCUUCACUGGAUCCAGAAUUUCAAAGGUUUUGUCUUGUGUGUCUCAGUUUCUUCUUCAGCGGCCUUUAGAAAAGCAGGCGGUAGAAGAUUAUCUCGUUCUGGUUUCACUGAUUUUUUUUCUACUGCUUUUAAGCCCAAAGCCUUCUAGGGGAUUUGUUGGUUUGGUUUUUUGUUUUUGUUUUUUUUAAUCCUGUUUCCCCUGUAUAAAUAUUUAUGAGCAGGCAGCCCUAAUAACGAUUGUUCCAAGAUUCUGAGCGGAUGGUGGAAUAGACUGUACAAAAUGUCUAAAAAAAAUUGCAAGCACUGUACCUGCCUAAUCCUGUGCUAGGAAAUUCAUCGACUGAAAGCAAUCAAGCAAAUUAAAGCUAGUUAAAUGCAUUGGUCUUAUCUUCUGGCUCUCCCCAAACGAUCCUGCUUUCUAAGUAGAUCUUUUCACUGCCACAUGCAGAGCAGCACUAUAAUGUGCGGUCACUGUUCUUUGUUUAGAAUCCGUUAUGUCCUCUAGCUUUCUUUUCCCCCUCUGCUUACUGCUUUUUUGAAAGGUUGUGUUUUAUUUAAAUAGCAUUUUUUUCCUCUAAAUGAUUUAAAGAAAAAUGAAUGCACUAGGUUAAUAAAGUAUUCUUACUUCAUUUUAGAAUGUGCUGCCUAACUCUCCUCAGUAAAUUUCCUUCUCCAACGAAAAGUUCUUACAUUUCUGUAUUAACUAGAAUAGAAAUAAGAAUGGAUGACAUGUAA